AAAGGAAAAAUCUUCAGCCAGAUACCGGGCCCCAGAAUUCUGGCUAUAGACUCAGAACUUUUACAGGUCGCUUUGUGACGAACGCCCCUUUUGCCCCCAUUCCUGCAGAACCGGGCUUGCAUUUCCACCUGCACGCAGGGGGAAUAGGAGUUGCAAAUAGCAGCAGGUGCAGAAAGGCGAGGGUCUCCGGCUUCCUGGAACUGUGACCCGUGGGAUUUCUUUCCUUUUCCUAGUCCCACGCAGGAGAGACGCUGUCUCCGGAUUCCUGAACUCAAAUGCUUCCUGAAGCUUGAAAGUGGGGGAAUUCAGAGCUACGAGGAGCAGACAGCGUAUCGAGAAGCGUUUAUCUUCUGAGCGCCAACCCUUCUGCUUGCAAGAGUUCUGCCCAGAAAGAGCUUGCAAGCCCGCCUGUCUUGGUUAAGCAGGACCCUGACCCCGGGCGUCAGCCUCAGGGCCUGCUGCAAAGGCAGAGUGUGUGCAAAGAGGAGGGCUUAACCGCCUAGCAGAGGAAUGGAUAACGUCCUCCAGGUUGACUCAGACCUCUUCCCAAACAUCUCCACCAACACCUCGGAGCCCAACCAGUUCGUGCAGCCGGCCUGGCAAAUUGUCCUUUGGGCAGCUGCCUAUACGGUCAUCGUGGUGACCUCCGUCGUGGGCAAUGUGGUGGUGAUGUGGAUCAUCCUGGCCCACAAGCGAAUGAGGACGGUGACGAACUAUUUCCUGGUGAACCUGGCUUUCGCAGAGGCAUCCAUGGCUGCGUUCAACACGGUGGUGAACUUCACCUAUGCUGUCCACAACGAAUGGUACUACGGCCUGUUCUACUGCAAGUUCCACAACUUCUUCCCCAUCGCUGCUGUCUUCGCCAGCAUCUACUCCAUGACGGCUGUGGCCUUCGAUAGGUAUAUGGCCAUCAUCCAUCCUCUCCAGCCCCGGUUGUCGGCCACAGCCACCAAGGUGGUCAUCUGUGUCAUCUGGGUCCUGGCUCUCCUACUGGCCUUCCCUCAGGGCUACUACUCAACCACGGAGACCAUGCCUAACAGAGUGGUGUGCAUGAUUGAAUGGCCAGAGCAUCCCAACAAGAUUUACGAGAAAGUGUACCACAUCUGCGUAACUGUGCUGAUCUACUUCCUCCCCUUGCUGGUGAUCGGCUAUGCAUACACUGUAGUGGGAAUCACACUGUGGGCCAGCGAGAUCCCUGGGGACUCCUCUGACCGCUACCACGAGCAGGUCUCUGCCAAGCGCAAGGUGGUCAAGAUGAUGAUCGUCGUGGUGUGCACCUUUGCCAUCUGCUGGCUGCCGUUCCAUAUCUUCUUCCUCCUGCCCUACAUCAACCCUGAUAUCUACCUGGAGAAGUUUAUUCAGCAGGUCUACCUGGCCAUUAUGUGGCUAGCCAUGAGCUCCACCAUGUACAACCCCAUCAUCUACUGCUGCCUCAAUGACAGGUUCCGCCUGGGCUUCAAGCAUGCCUUCCGGUGCUGCCCUUUUAUCAGUGCUGGUGACUAUGAGGGGCUCGAAAUGAAAUCCACCCGGUACCUCCAAACCCAGGGCAGCGUGUAUAAAGUCAGCCGUCUGGAGACCACUGUCUCCACGGUGGUGGGGGCCCAUGAGGAGGAGCUGGAGGAUGGUCCCAAGACCACACCCUCAUCCCUGGACCUGACGUCCAACGGCUCCUCUCGCAGCGACUCCAAGACCAUGACAGAGAGCUUCAGCUUCUACCCCAACAUGCUCUCCUAGACCGCAGGGCCGCAGCAGGGCAGCCACCACCACCUUUGUCUGGCUUCACUUCAUGCAUGGAUAAUGCCUUGAUUUAGAAACCAUCAGAAAUGCCCUACCAUUGGGGUUUGUGAAAAAGGGCAGAAUGUUUUAGGGAAAAUAUCCCAUCCUGAGUUAAAAAAAAAAAAAAACUGCAUUCUUCCAUGA